CGGCUCCUCCCCUUCAGUCUUGCACAGGUGUACAGCUCCUCCCCUCAGUCUUGCACAGGUGUACCGGCUCCUCCCCUUCAGUCUUGCACAGGUGUACUGGCUCCUCCCCUCCAGUCUUGCACAGGUGUACUGACUCCUCCCCUUCAGUCUUGCACAGGUGUACUGGCUCCUCCCCUCCAGUCUUGCAAGGUGUACCGGCUCCUCCCCUUUAGUCUUGCACAGCUGUACUGGCUCCUCCCCUUCAGUCUUGCACAGCUGUACUGGCUCCUCCCCUUCAGUCUUGCACAGGUGUACUGGCUCCUCCCCUUCAGUCUUGCACAGCUGUACUGGCUCCUCCCCUUCAGUCUUGCGCAGGUGAAUUGGCUCCUCCCCUUCAGUCUUGCACAGGUGUAUAGGCUCCUCCCCUUCAGUCUUGCACAGCUGUAC